GAGUCAAGCUCUUGGCCAGUCAUAUUAAACAUAUAUUUCGCAUAACCGAGCAAUAUUCAAACUAAAAAAUAUCCCUAAAAUUUCGGUUGACAUAGUGGACGAACAUGUCCAAUCUGCAAGAGAUAUCGCUUGCCGGACCUGAAUGUCUUCCAGUGACAGAAACCAAUGUGACUCCACCCCCAAAGUCCAAUUCCUUGAAGCGCUUCUUCAAGAUCAGCAAGAAGCCCCUUGUUCGUGACCAAGUUGACAACGAUAGCGUAUCCUCCUCCGAGGAUAACAAGGAGCUGGGAAAAUCCAGAACGAUCAGUCGUUUUUUCACCCGCUUGAAGAAAACCAACAAAGUGUCAGUUGAUCAAGAACAAUCGAGCUCCAUUGCCGAACCUGAGGUCCGGGAGAAGCCACCUCCCAAUCCGAAACUGAGGGUAAAGUCAUCUAUUUCAUCUUACUGGAAGUUGCUCUUCCAACGCCAAAAGGCCCAGCGGCAGAUUGCGGAAUUCGGUCUCGAAAACAGUCCGGAAAAUAUGGUCGAGGAGGUCCACGAGCUGCAGCCGGUAAACCAUGAGUCCGAGACCGAAAUUCGGCCGACUGAGAAUGUGGAAGAAACCGAGAUAGACGUCAAGGCGGAUUCAGAACCACCGCAGCCGAUGGCCAAGAGAAAUGUAGCCAACAAGGCUUCCGCCCAGGAGAUGCUCAGUGCACUGGAAGGCGGCCAGUUGCCCACCGUCGAAGAUGAGGAGGAGGAAACAAUUCAGCCUGUGCCCACUUUUGUCAACGAAUUUAUCUAGGACAUAUCUGAAAAUCACCUAGUAUCUCUCCGAAACUCUCCAUGAAACCGCUCAUAAGUUAAUAUUUAUACGGGGAUAUUUCCUAUAUUACACCAUUACCACCUCUGUAAACAUUUUAAGGAUUCAAGAUAUUCAACCGGCCAAUGAAGUACCAACAACAUUUCCAAUUUCGUUUCACUCAUUAUAAUAAAACACACCUAAUAAACACAUUUGCUCAAAA